GAGAUUGUGAUGCGAGGUAGCCCCUUUGCCUUGGUAGCCACAAGCUGAGCAGUAUCAGCACCUGCGCAACAUACGGGCAUCGUGUUGACUGUUGAACUGAAGGUUGCCAUUGUUCCCUUGUUGUUCAGACUAGGAUAGGAUGGAGCAGGAGAAGAGAUGAAGUGAAUACCUUGGGAGGCAGGGAAGACGAGCUUGACUUGGGCGGAGGAAAAGGAAGAAAAGAGGUAGUCGAGGAAGUCGGAGCAGGAGCCACCGAUGCCAACGUCAUCUUGCUUUCAGUUGGGAUGUGCAAACUGGAAUUAGUUCUUCAUUUCCUAGAUGAUAUGAUAUGGGUACCCUAAUAAUAUAGAUAUAGAUCAAUAGAUGGGUACUAGUAGUUGCUAGGGUCUGCCGGGGAUGGUCCGCCUGGGGAAGGAGAGGAGGAGGGGCACACGUACAAGGUCUUGGAGGUCGUCGAGGUCGAGGGAGCAGUGCCAGGCGAGGGAGCGGAGGUCGGUGGCGACGACGCGGAGGGGGCCCUGGGAGUGGGCGUGGGCGUGGAAGAGCACGGGGCGGCGCGGUAGAGCAUCGGCGUCGUGGUCGCCGUUCUCUGGCCUGGCCUCGCCGAAGACGGCAGCCAUCCUGAUCUCAGCCGCCGCCGCCGCCGCCGCCAUCUGGGUCGCUGCUUAUUACGUGAGUAGCCUUUGAAAGCGUAAAAGGGCGGAGGGCGUCUUCUCCCUCUCUCUCCGUCGCUCGUCCUCAACGAGGCCAGCAGGCAACGCAAGAAGAAAUUGGGGGUAGAGAAAGGGGGAGGGGAAUUCGUGAUGGCCUCCGGCUCGCACGACAAGUCGUUGUUGACGGCGCGGCGGCUGCUGGAGGAGACCUCCCCGGCGGAGGCGGAGCAGCUGCCCAGCCUGCCCUCGGGGUUCUACGACGCCUUCGUCCUCAAGGGAAUCCGCGUCGUCCAGGCCCUCCCGCCCGGCACCCUCCUCUGCCACUUCACCGUCCCCUCCAGGCUACUCAACUCGGGCGGCUUCCUGCACGGCGGCGCAACCGCUUCCCUCGUCGAUCUGGUUGCCUCCGCCGCCUUCACCACUGCCGGCCUCCGCACCAGGGGCUCACCCCUCGAGAUGAACAUCUCCUACCUUGAUGCUGCUUUUGCCGACGAAGAGAUUGAUAUCGAGGCAAAGGUUCUGCGUGCUGGUAAGGCGGUAGGGGUAGCUGUCGUGGAACUGAAGAAGAAAUCUGGCAAAAUCAUUGCUCAAGCCCGCUACUCCAAGUAUCUCGGUGCAGCAUCUAGUAAACUCUGAUCUGACUGGAUCAAGGUGGCCUUGCGCCGUGGCAGCAUGUUGUAUUCUACUACUGUAGUUAUUCUCAUGAUGAUGCAUUGCCCCCUGAGCAUAUAUAGUAUGGUGUGGUGUGCUUGGCUUAUGUCUAUGUGACCAAAAACAGCUUCAUUUCUUUCUGCAACACGGAUGGUACUGUUUUGUUGUGUACUUCUA